UGUGCUGCUCUGGUUGGCGAAGACCAGCCUCUUUGCCCAGAUCUCCCAGAACUUGACCUCUCCGAACUAGAUGUGAACGACCUGGACGCAGACAGCUUUCUGGGGGGACUCAAGUGGUACAGCGACCAGUCGGAGAUCAUCUCCAAUCAGUACAGCAAUGAACCCGCCAAUAUAUUUGAGAAGAUAGAUGAAGAGAGUGAGGCAAACUUGCUAGCCGUUCUCACUGAAACACUGGACAGCAUCCCUGUGGAUGAGGAUGGAUUACCUUCAUUUGAUGCACUGACAGAUGGAGAUGUGACCAACGAAAAUGCCUCUAGCCCUUCCCCGAUGCCCGACGGCACCCCUCCAGCUCAGGAGGCAGAAGAGCCGUCUCUACUUAAGAAGCUCUUGCUGGCUCCAGCCAACACUCAGCUAAAUUACAAUGAAUGCAGUGGUCUCAGCACACAAAACCAUGCAAACACUAAUCACAGGAUCAGAACAAGCCCUGUGGUUGUUAAGACUGAGAAUUCAUGGAGCAAUAAAGCGAAGAGCAUUUGUCAACAGCAAAAGCCUCAAAGACGCCCCUGCUCUGAACUUCUCAAAUAUCUGACUACGAACGAUGACCCUCCUCAGACCAAACCAGCAGAGAACAGGAACAGCAGCAAAGAGAAAUGCACCUCCAAAAGGAAGCCCCAUCUGCAGUCUCAGACAAAUCAUCUGCAAGCCAAACCAACAAGUUUAUCACUUCCAUUGACACCCGAGUCACCAAAUGAUCCCAAGGGUUCCCCAUUUGAGAACAAGACUAUUGAACAAACCUUAAGUGUGGAACUCUCUGGAACUGCAGGCCUAACUCCACCUACAACCCCUCCUCAUAAAGCCAACCAGGAUAAUCCUUUUAGGACUUCACCUAAGCCGAAGUCAUCAUGCAAGACUGUUGUACCACCUUCAAAAAAGCCCCGCUAUAGUGAGUCUUCCGGUUCUCAAGGAAAUAACCCAACCAAGAAGGGUCCAGAACAGUCUGAGCUGUACGCACAGCUCAGCAAGACUACAGUACUGUCCAGUGGACAUGAGGAGAGAAAGACAAAACGGCCCAGUUUGCGGCUGUUUGGUGACCAUGACUACUGUCAAUCUGUGAAUUCAAAAUCGGAAAUACACAUUAAAAUAUCCCAGGAACUUCAGGACUCCAGACAACUCGAAUUUAAGGAUUCUUCACCUGGGUGGCAGUGUCAGAUUUGUUCUUCUUUAGAACAAGACCAGUAUUUCAAGAAAGAGACUUUACAGACAAGUAAGCAGGGAUCCCAUGGUAAUAGCAGAAAACAGCUCCAAGACCAGGAAAUUCGGGCUGAACUGAAUAAGCAUUUUGGUCACCCCAGCCAAGCUGUUUUUGAUGAAGAAGCAGAUAAGACCAGAGAACUAAGGGACAGUGAUUACAGUAAUGAACAAUUCUCCAAACUACCUAUGUUUAUAAAUUCAGGACUAGCAAUGGAUGGUCUCUUUGAUGACAGUGAAGAUGAAAGUGAUAAACUAUGCUACCCAUGGGAUGGGACACAAGCCUAUUCAUUAUUUGAUGUAUCGCCUUCUUGCUCUUCUUUUAACUCUCCAUGCAGAGAUUCAGUGUCUCCACCCAAAUCCUUAUUUUCUCAAAGAUCCCAAAGGACACGCUCUAGAUCAAGGUCCUUUCCUCAACGCAGGUCUUGUUCCCGUUCUCCAUAUUCCCGAUCGAGAUCAAGGUCGCCCUGUAGUAGAUCCUCUUCAAGAUCUUGUUGCUAUUAUGAGUCCAGCCACUGUAGACACCGAGCAUACAGAAGUUCUCCCUUACGUGCAAGAUCGCGAUCCAGAUCACCGUACGGUCGCAGACCCAGAUAUGACAGCUAUGAGGAAUAUCAGCAUGAAAAGCUGAAGAGGGAAGAAUACCGCAAAGAGUAUGAAAAACGGGAAUCUGAAAGGGCCAAACAAAGGGAGCGACAGAGGCAGAAAGCAAUUGAAGAACGUCGUGUGAUUUAUCUGGGUAAAAUCAGACCUGACACAACCCGAACAGAACUGAGGGACCGGUUUGAAGUUUUUGGUGAAAUUGAGGAGUGCACAGUAAAUUUGCGGGAUGAUGGAGACAGCUAUGGUUUCAUCACCUACCGCUAUACUUGUGACGCCUUUGCUGCUCUUGAAAAUGGAUACACUUUACGCAGGUCAAAUGAACCUGACUUUGAGCUGUACUUCUGUGGACGCAAGCAAUUUUGCAAGUCUAACUAUGCAGACCUAGAUUCAAACUCAGAUGAUUUUGAUCCUGCUUCCACUAAAAGCAAGUACGACUCCAUGGAUUUUGAUAGUUUACUUAAAGAGGCACAGCGGAGCCUGCGUAGGUAACAUGCAUCACACCUGAGGAAAACGGAGGGAUGGCGAAUACCUCACGGACAUCACGUCCUUCAACAAUGGACAAUUAAAACGUCAUACUUAGGAAUUUCUCCUACUUUACACUCUC